CAAAUGUAAUUAUCGUUUUUUUUUCAGACCCAGGUUUGAUUUGAGUAACUAACAGCAACUAAUCUCCACUCGUGCUCUCCUCACUCCCUGCCUCCCUCGGAUUAGUGCCACCUAUUGUCAUCAUUCAGUUGGCCCAACCAGCGCUCGUCUUCUGCGAAAGAUCAAGGAACAGAAUCCAGCGGGGCUUAAAACUGCAGACAGAAUGGCCUACUAUCAAGGCAACAAAGCUCAUUAUCCCAACUACGUUCCAAAUUACCCAAUGAACAAAAUUUCAGGAUUGUGCAAGAUCGCUCCCAGUUUAUUCAUCAGUUCAUACGAGGGAGCGAACGACUCCAACCUCAUCAGACAUUAUGGCAUCACAUGUGUAGUUAAUGCAACCCCCGAUCUGCCCAAUCCAGGAACUAGAGGAGUGGAGUACCUUAGAGUGCCCGUGGAUGACAUCCCAACUGCACAGUUGAUGCCGCACUUCGAGUACGUCACCCAGAAAAUUAACCAGGUCAAACUUAACGGUGGCAAGACAUUAGUGCAUUGUGUAGCGGGAGUGAGCAGAAGUGCCACUUUAUGCAUAGCCUACUUGAUGAGAUACGAGGGACUCAGUCUGCUAUCCGCACACCAGAUGGUGAAGACAGCCAGACCAAUUGUGAGACCAAACAACGGAUUCUGGAAACAACUCAUCGAGUACGAACACAGAAUGAGAAAGAUGAACACAGUACACAUGGUCAACACUUGCUUCGGAAGCAUGCCCAACAUCUACACGGGACAAUAUGAAUACUACAGAAAGGUAAUGAAGUACUGUCGGUGAAUCGAAGCCUCCAUUUUUAAGGGCCGAAAGUGAAGCAGUCGGCGAGUCAAGUUUUCUUGCAAAAAAGUUUGCCUUCGUGCAAAAGUCUUAUUACAUUAUUCGUGGUGCUAAUUCCCAUUUAUGUGUAAUUUUAGUCCUUCGUAUUAGAUUAGUCGUACUUUUUUGCUUAAAUGCCUCAGCUGUUAAAUAGUUUAAAAAAUCCAUGUAUAUUUUGUAAAAUUAUGUGCAGAAAUGGAUUUAACUUUACGAUUCUCCUAAAAAUACUUAAAAUUCUUAAAUUCAACUACGCUCAUUCGA